UUGCCAUCUUUCUAAACCCUACCUUUCUAAUCUCAUUCUUGCAUCUUUGGUCAAACAACCUGCACUUGUUGCUUUCGCCUUCUUAAUUCUCUCUCUCACACAUUUUCUGUUGAGAAUCAUGGGAUCUGAAUCCUCUGCGCAAUACAUCCACAAGGUACAACACCUAAUUGAAGAGUGCAUCGUAUUCAAGAUGAGCAAAGAGGAAUGCAUGGAUGCUCUCUCCAAAUAUGCAAAUAUAAAGCCUGUUAUUACCUCUACCGUGUGGAAGGAGCUGGAGAAAGAGAACAAUGAGUUCUUCGAAGCGUACGCGAAGCGAAGAGAGGAAAGAGGCGCAUCACAAACGGAGACAAGUGAAAGCAUCCACAAUAUACUUUUGGAUUCCUCCAAGAAAGAUGACAACAAUGGUGAAUAGAUCCAUUCAUACUAUAUUCGGAGCUUGCAUUUCUUGCAAUAAUAUAUAAAAUAUACUACUACUACUACUACUACUACUUAAUUAGUAGUAUAUAAGUUUAUAAAUCUAAUUUCAUAAGUCUCAUGAAUAUAAGUUGUACGAUCUAUUGUACCAUCCAAAAUACUAUUUCAACUUUGAAGGGGCAGAAUCAUAAGUUUCAA